GUGAUGUUCACACAGCCUAGUAAGGGAGCCUACUCUUAACACCUCUUCCGGCAGACGAUCAAAACACUGUCGUUAGAAGGGAAAUCAGCAGAAUGAUGUAAAAUAUUGAAAUUAGCCUGAGAAUGGGCAAUUCAAACACCAGACAGCACCUUGAGACAGCACAAAAAACAGGGGCAUGUCAGCUGUGCAAACUUAAUUUGAAGGAGGUACCUGAAGAUCUUCAGAGACUGAAAAAUUCUCUUCGCACACUGGACCUUUCUUUCAACAAAAUUCCAGAACUUCCGCCUUGGAUUGUCCAGUUUACCAGCCUGAAGAACCUGUCGGUUUCUCACAACAAAAUCACAUCCUUGCCAGUAGAUAUUGGAAACUUGAAGAAAUUAGAGGUGUUGAAUGCAGACCAUAACCUUCUAACAUCAGUACCUCGAUCAAUAGCCAACAUCACAAACCUUAAGACCUUGAAUCUCAGUGGAAAUAGGCUUCAUGCCUUCCCUCUAGAGCUGUGCAACCUACGAAACCUUGAUGUAGUAGAUCUCUCAAGUAAUGCAAUAAUGGAACUGCCUGGAAACAUUGGAGGACUUCAAGCUGUAGAGCUCAAUCUCAACCAGAACCAGGUAUCACGGCUGCCAGAAAGUUUAGCUGAUUGCCCACGUCUUAAAGUUCUACGCCUGGAAGAAAACUGCUUAGAUGUGACUGCAUUUACACCUCGCAUCAUGAGAGAUUCACAGAUCUCUCUCUUUGCUGUUGAAGGCAAUGUUUUUGACAUGAAAACAUUCCAUAAUGUGGAAGGUUAUGAAGCUUAUAUGGAACGGUUUACGGCAACCAAAAAGAAAUUCAACUGAUCGUGCAUUUUAAUCCUUAGUGGGGAAAAUCCUGUUACCAUUCAACAUUCCAAAGAAUUCUCCAGGCUGUGCAACUUGAAAGGAAACUUUAGAAAUCAUCACCAUUUUCAGGUUGUGUUUAAAAAAAAAAAGCCUUAAAAGAGAACACCACCAUUUUCAGAUUGUAUGCACAUCACGUAUAACACUUUAAGAAUCAUCUCUAUUUUUAAAUUGUUUGGAAAUUUUGGUUUUAUGCUUUGUCUGUGUACAAAUCAUUUUGCUGCAAUUCUAAUGUAAACAAGGACAUAUAUGUGCAUAUAAGAAUUUAUAUAGUUUUUUCCUUCUUUAUUACUGAUGGUAAAAAGUAAUAGAUCAAAAUUAAUAUUUUGUUUGGGUUUUGUGUUUUUUUUUUUUUUUUUUUUUGAUUUUGCAUGCUUGGAAAGAGAUGUGAUAUUUUAGUAUGGUGGUAUUUCAGCAAAAUAUGAAACAUUAGGGGCCUAAUGUGUGAAGGGUGAACAAUGACUUAAGUCCAAGAUUAUGCAACAAGUGCGAUGUCACUGACAGAAAACUGUAGGGUAUAUAGCAGGUGUUAGGGAAAAUGUGUGGCAGUUACUUAGUAUCUUACAGUUUUUCAUCUUGAGCACAGUUCUUUUCCUCUAGUGCUGGACUUUGGCCAUUGUCCUAUAUCAUACAUUAGACCCAUGUAGAUUAACCUCUUGGUCAAUUUGCAUAUUGUGACGUUUACUUAUUGCUUAUUUUUGUGGGCAUGUAAUGCACUCUAAGCAUUAUUUUUGAAAAUAUGGAUAGAACGGCAUAUACCAUUUAUUCAUGAAGGUAGAGGAAAGAUAUUAAGUUCACAAGGGUCUCUCUCCAUCAAGAUUUAUAAUUGUCCCAACAUAUACGUCAGUAUUAAACAAUUUUUGAAAAUACUUUUUGCAUGUUUCAAUACAGUUUUUUUUUAUAUUAACCCAAUUUUUUAACCUUUGAGUGGAAUGAAUUGUGAAUCUUUAUUUUUUUUAAUGAAUUAUUACAUUUCUGCAAUCUGCAGACAAUAUUGUGACCUUACAAUAUAUUUGUUCAAGAAACAUCUGGAGUUUUAGGCCACAAGUUUCUGUCUGGCUAUUGUUCUAUAUCAUAUGUAGCUUUCACAGUGUUCAUUUAUUGUACAAGUUCUACCAUUCAUAUAGUUCAUGUAAGUAAUUAGCACUUAUAGCAUAACCCAAAUGUUGUUAAGUGCUAUACAAAUACACAUUUAUUAUUAUUUCUUACAAGCUGUUGUGUUUAGCCAGAUGGAUUUUGUAAUAUAGUCCUGGACUUGAUAUAUCAUCUUUUACCAUGAUUCCUCAUGCUGGCAGAGCGGUCCAGUGGCGCAACGGUUAGCGCCUGUCACCAAUACAGUGAAUGUUGGCUGCCCUGAAUUCAUUUCUCAUCUCGGACACGCUAUUCUUUCUCUGCACAUGGCAUCUAUUUACAGGGCUGGCUGCCUUGCCGUAAUAUAGCCUCAGUUGCUGGCACAGCGUAAAACACUAAUCCCCCCACCCCUCCUCAUGCUGGCAAGCUGGCAACAGUUUGUUUACAGUUAAUGUUUUAGGCUUAUUUAUAAUUUAUAUCUAGCAUGUCAUCUUAUGGAUGCAUUAAUAUAUAGCAUGGUGAUGGCAAAAAGAAACUGAGAAUGUGGGAGAAAGAACAUCAUAGAGGGAAAACUAAACCUUUACACACUAGAUAAAAAGGAUCCAGGCACCUUCUAAAACAGACCUGGGCAAAGGCCCGCGCGGGCCGGAACCGGCCCGCCUCCUGUCUCUGACCGGCCCGGCCCGCCCUCUGGCCCGCCCACCAGUAUAUAUACUAUAUAUACAGUAUUGGGUAAAACUGAGUUAACUAUAUUGGUCCGGCCCUCUAAAACCAUCCCAAUUUCUCAUGCGGCCCCUUGGGAAAAUCAAUUGCCCACCCCUGCUCUAAAAGCUAAGUAAACAUUAGACUUUUUUUCAUAGAUUUAAAAACUGUUUUCUAUAAUAUUUUUUCCCCAAAAUUUGUAAGCUUUUGUAAAUAGAAACAAAUUUGGAGAAUUGAAAAGUAUGGUGGUCUUAGCAGCAAACACCCUUAAACAACUUCAGAAGUAUUUACAUAUCGAUAAAGGUUACCAUUAGUUCAUCAUUUCAAACUGCUUUAAUGAAUCUGACAUGACACACAAGUAACUUCCCUGAAGACAGAGUAAGUACAAGAAGCAUUUUAAGUUGUAGCCAGUCAGAAUGACAAUGAUUACAUUACUAAUACAGAACAGAUAGAAGUGUGUAUGUGAGGGUAUAAAUGUUUAUGUGUGCUAGUGUUUACAAAAAAGAGCUUGGGGAUUGGGAGGGAAUGAUGUUAACAUUGGUAAUUUUUAUUGGAUUCAUUUUCAUAUUGAGCCUUUAAGAUUUUAAAUGCUUGUGAUAAAAGCUGCGUUUUUCUAGUCAUCAUAUUUGUAAUGCUCAUGUUUGUCUUGACUUUUAGUGCCUAUAUGUAAUCCAGAAUGAAUAGUCAUGUUAUGCCUCAGAGUCUAGGUGUUGAAAAUGUUAGCUUUCCUGCAUGAUACUCUGUCAUCAGGAAGAACCUGCCUGUCUUGUCAAGUCUUCUGUCUAAACCCUAGUUAAGAAUGUGAUUAAGCCUGGCACACUGGGUCUGUCAAGUGUGGACAGCAUGGUAGGCACUGAUCUUUUGUAUUCGGUGGAUGUGUACCUUGGCCUCUGAGCAGAUAUUGAAGAGUUUCUUUUGCUUGCUGAUGUGUGUGUGUGUGUUAUCUUUUAGGGCUUAUUUUUGUUUUCAUCUUUUGUAAAUAUAAACUGCUUCAAACAACAUCAGUUUUUUUCAUUUUUCUUUUCCUUCAUUCAUUAGGUUUGUUUCUUGUUAGACAAAAUUGUUCUUAGGCACAUCGUCAUAUGUGAUCAUUAAGGUUGUUCUCUCAUAUAUUAAAGUGGCAGUCACCAAUACAUGGAGGGUUGGCUGUUGGGUUCAGCUCUCGUCUCGGGCACGCUGUCCUUUCUCUGCAUGUGGUAUCUGCCUUGCCUUGAUGUAGCCUUAGUUGCUGGCUCGGCAUGCCCCCUUCCAUCUCAUACAUUAAGGCAAUUUAAGUGGUUCAUUAAUCCAUGCAAAGGAUCAAGACUUAUUGUAUAAAGAUGUUUCUGAAUCAGUACAUUGAUGAACUUACAUAGAUGCUGAUUAUUAAAUCUCUUUUCUUUUUAAAGUGAUUAUUAAUGUAUCUGGUUUUUGUAUUAAUCAUGCAGGUUGAUUUUGUGCACCCAUAGUUUUCAUGUGCUUGCUGCAGGAGGGGGAGAAGGUCAGCAGAUAUUUCUGUACUUUACAGAGCAGAAAUUUGAAAAGCAAUGCCACACCAUACUUGGAAAAAACAAUGGGGAGUGGGUGACAGAUUUCAGGGACAUUUUAACAGAUGUUAGUCAAUUCUGCUUACAGUUGUACAGGGAAAUAAAAGUAAUUCAUUAGUAUUUAUGUUUGUCCAGAAUAUCUUGAAAAGUUUUUUCAGACAUUUGGUUUGGAAGGUCUGCCUGAUUUUUUUCUGAUAUCUUCCAGCAUUCGCUUUCAGUCAUCAGUUUAAUCCAGUUUCCAGUGCCAACGUAAGUGUCCAACAGAUUUUUCUUUUGUUUGUUUCAUAAGCCAGUCCAUGGCCAGUGUAAAUAAAAACAGUGAGAGAAUUCAUCUUUGUUUGACACCAGUAGUAAUAUUGAAAUUAUCUCUUAAGUGCUUGUUGUUGCAAACCACCUGGCAGUAAAAAUCUGUAUAUAUUG